AUGCAAUCCUUCGGUGCCGCUCUCAUUUCCGGCGGCAUCAACUUCGGCGUGGCAGUGGCUUGCUACAGGCAGCAGGACGGCACGCGCUUCUGGCCUUUCGUUCCUCUCACUGUGGCGGGAGACAUGGGCGUCACAGUCGUCAUUCAGCAGAUCAUCAGCAUGCUCAUCACCUCUGCCCUCUGUCACGGCGACAUCAACGGCGGGCCCGUUGCGCCCUUACAGGCACCCUGGCCUCCUCUUCUCCACUUGCCCUCCUCUCCCUCUCCCCACGGGCAUCUCUUCGGUCCUCUGCGCGCCUCUUCGCCAGACGGCAAGCCUCUGGCGCUGCCCAUGGGUCGCGCGGCACACAGCAGCGCCAAGGGCCGCUGGUUCUUCUGGGCCCUUCGCGCAGCCUGUACCGGCUCGGAGCGCGACAAUUGGACGGCAAAGGGCAUUGGGGCAAGAGCACGCGUGCAGCGCAUCCUCUGGACGGCAGUGCAUGGAGGCGCGCUGUGCGUGCUGAGCUUCUGGUGGUAUUGGCCCAUUGCCAUCGCCAUCACGGCGCCGCUGUACGGCGGCAGGGAUCUCGGGCGCAGCUGGAUUCCUUGCGUCAUCAAGGCUAUCUUCGGCGGUGUCCUGGCUCUUCUCACAAACCCCAUCAUGGCGCUCAUGGCCAUGGGGGCCGAGUACAACGUGCGUAUGGCUCCCAUGCCCCUCUCUCUCUUUCUUUCUUUCUCUCUGCAGCAUGGACUCACUCCCUUUCCUUCAUGGCGCAGGUGCGCCGCGCCUACCCCGAUCACGAGCCCUUCAUCUCAGCGCCCGACGGCGCGGCAUACUACGCGGCGUGGCGCCGCGAGCUCGGACUGGACGCCGACGCUGCGAUGCCCGAGGCGGCACCGCCGCUGA